CCGUAUGUCGAGCGAUGCUCCCAUAUCGCGUGUUCCGUUACCUUUAGCCGGGAGGAACCGCCGGCGGUUUGGUGUAGAAGGCGUUGUUAUUUCGACGCCUAUCCCACUUCGAAGUGAAACGAUAACCUCACUACAGAAGGACAAUCAUACCGAAUUUGUGCAGACUUAUUGUUUGCGCACACCUUCGGCCCCAACUGCGUAG